AUGCACGAUGUUGUUGUGAAAAUAAUUUUCAAGGCUCUGGUAACAUUGAAACGGACUAUAUCUCUUGUCAAACGACCUUGUCUGCCACUGUCAAUUGUCAAACUGUCAACUUGCCGUCAUUCACUGUUUGUGGGUGAUUUUAUCAGUAGAUUGUGUCAGUCGAAAUAAAAUUAUAUUUCUUGGUUUUUAUAGCUAUUCAAUCAAGAUAUGUGUGAGAAAUGGAGGAAAAUAAAAUAGAGACGAACACUGGAAAUAAAAGAAAGUUUGCGACGCGCAAGUUCUUUAAAUUCUGCUUCAUUGUUGUCAUUGCAUUUGGCCUGGGUUACGUUCACUACCGUUACGUAUCUCACCUGUUUGAGAAUGACCGCAACUUUUCAUACCUCUCCGAAAUGGAGAGAGAGAUGUCUUUGCGGACGGAGAUGGGUUUCUACUACUCUUACUACAAGACUAUAGUUGAGGAGAGACCGUUUAUAGCAGGGAUAUCGAAGCUUAUGUAUGACAGACUGGUUGAGUAUCCCAAGGAUGUGAACGCUUUUAAUAGAUUCAAUAUACAUCCUGAGGUGAUCAUCGGUGCUCUGUACCGCUACUUCGAGCCGUACCUGAACACCACGACACACAGACAGUGCCACAUGGUCGACCGCGGCGAGGGCCUGGCCCCGGUCGAGAGCUGCGUCGGCCUGGGCCAGCCCAUCUUCUUCUAUUUGGAGGCCGUCUGGUGGCUCGCUGGCCUCACGGUGGCCGCACUGUUCUUGCAUGCUGCCGCUUUGAGUGAGAGCACGUUAGGGGGUCUGGUUGCCGUGGCUCAGUACUUCGGCAACCACGCGGAGGUGACCCGCGUGCAGUGGGCGCCCAACGAGCGCGAGAACCUCGCGGCGCCGCUGCUGCUGCUGCAGGCCUGGCUCGUGUCGCGGCAGCUGCGCGACAGCCGCGCCAGGACCACCUUCCAGCUGCAGGUCUCGAUCUUCAUCCUGAACUGCCUCUGCCUUCUGUUCUGGCAGUUCUCUCAGUUCAUAUUCCUCACUCAGACCGCCAUCUUCUUCGUAAUGGAACAGAUCCGCGUCAUCGACAUCAAAGCCCUCUGCAUCUUCCUACACUCACACUUCUGCGGCCUACACAUGGCCGUCCUACUCCUACAAGGCAACGACAUGCUAAAAUCGUCCUUAUACGCGUCCUUCUUCCUAGUAGUCUCCAUAUACUGUCUAUUUUUCAGUUCUUUACGCAUUAAGGUACAAAAUCGAGUGGAUUUGUUCGUCGAAGCUUGGUUAGUUGUUUUAAGAAUAGCCAUCGUGAUUGUCGCUUCAGUUUAUAUUAAGAAGUUGAUUAGUAAUUUUUUGGAGGUCGAAGAGGAUUCCCACGUUUGGGACAUUCUAUACUCGAAAUUCACGAAUUAUAAAUCAUUCCAUACGAUGAUCUACACGUGUUCAGACGUCUUUGACUUCUUACCGUGGAGUACAGUUAAAAACUUGUUCAAAUCAUUUCUCAUUCCAUUCGUUUUAUUAAGCGUUGUAAAUGUUUGCCACCGCUGGGCCUCAGACGCGGCCGAAGAAUGUAAGAAAGAGAUCAGAGACCAGACUUCGGUAGAAAAGGACGGAAAUACAACUGACGAGUCCGACUCUGGUAUUGAAAAUUCUGAUACGAAGCUACGUAAAAGAAUAACUGAUUUGGACGUUAUUGACAAGGGUGUGAAGUCUAAAUUGGAGGGUGAGGGUGAGCAGGACUUGCUGCUGAUGUAUCUGCGUCACUUGCGGGCCGAGCCGGCGAUAUUCUACAACAUCUCACAGAUGGCGGUGUUCGGUGUCAUGGCGGCGCUCGUCAUGCGACUCAAGAUACUGUUCGUGACGCAACUGUGCGUCGUCUCGUCACUCAUGAUGAACACGUCUUACUAUGUCAUACCAAAGCAGUAUCUCCGCUACCUGCCGUUCUUGUGGGUGGCAUGUAUGUCGCCUCUAGUGCAGCAUCUCUUCCACAGCGUGUCGUACGAGAUGUCACACAUCGGUGAGUUUAGCGACGUCCAGCAGGAGCAGCUGCUGCAGUGGAUCGCGUCGCAGACGGCGGCGGGCGCGGCCUUCGCGGGCUCCAUGCCGCUGCUGGCCUCCGUCAUGCUCAGCACGCGCCGGCCCAUCGUCGCGCACCCGCACUACGAGCACAGGGAGGCCAGAGAGCGCGCGUACGCUGUUCACAAGAUGUAUGGAAGGUUUUCGCCGCACGAGCUGUACCAGGAACUCAGCAAGCUGCGGGCCACGUACCUAGUCGUCGAGACCCGGUACUGCUACGGCAGGAGUAGUUCUGGGUGUUCGUGGCUGGACAUCUGGGACGCGGAGUGGCCGGCGCGGCGCGGGCAGGCGGUCGCGUGUCGCGCGCUGCUGUCGCGCCCCGUCGACCACUUCUACCCCGUCUUCAGGAACGACCACUACGCCGUCUUCAACGUGCACGACUACAGCGUACGAUACAUGCCCCGUAGUUUCGACACUUGACAUCAGGCGAACACACACACAGAUAAAGACUGACGUUAUUAUUAGAUAAUCAGGUGAAUGUAUUGUUCGUUAAGAAUAUUAAGAAUAUUAAGAAUAUUUAUUACUUAUUUAACGACCGUACAACUUUUUAAUCAUUUUGACAGGCAAAUGACGUCUGUCAACAAAUUAAACUUGUAAUCUUGACAGUUCGGUGACGGCUAAUAUAAUUGCGCAAUUAUAAAUAAUGUGCAUUAUUGUUGUCCGUAUCGUGCUAAUAUAUACUGGACUGGACUGGCCUGUUGGUCUAGUGGUAAGUGAGCCUGGCUCUAUUCUGGACGUUGAAGUGGUUUCUUAGGUUUACGCGAAUGUUAGACAUUGAAAUGAAACUACUUUUACGGAUUUUAUCGCGGUUUCAUUUUAGAUUUUAGUUCCCGACGUUUUGACACCUUUGCAGGUAUCAUGGUCAGGAGCAGACUAGACUAGAAUAGACUAAAAUCUAAAUUUUAAGUUAAAGUCUAAAAUUAAGUUUCAUUUUCAAGGUUGGAUUUCCAACUCAAGACAAAUGUUCAAUCCUUUGGUUUGUAUUCAAAGUAUAUUUAAUUAUUUUUAUCUGUUGUCUAGUACAAUAGUAAAAUCUUUGCUUAGUUUGAAACUAGAUGGCGUUGUUUGAAAGUCGUGCAAAAUAUUAUGUUUAAGAUUGAGCAAGAAAGCAGUUUUUUUUGCUGUAUUGUAAUGACUGAGUACUAUGCGUCUUGGGUUGUUGCGAAUUAUUAUGCGAAGUCGAUAAUAUUCGUGAUUGAAUGCAUGUAAUGGUAAGGAAAAUAUUAAAUCUCGGUCAGGACUCAAAAUUGCGACUCCUUGUUCAACGCACCGGUCGCUUUGCCAAAAUUUUGUGUAGAUAGCUGCCGGUCAAAGUCACAACUUCUGGUAUAACAGUCAGAGCAACUAAUUCCUAGAUUUAAUUUAUGUAUUAUAUUAAAUUAUAAUUGUAUUGAAAGGUUCGCAAUUAUUGUUUGUUCUGAGUCAGUGUGUUAUUAAUCUAUAACAUCUAUGUAUAUGUAUAAAAAUAUAUGUAAAGUAUUUGUCAGUUGCCUAGCGCUCAUACUACAAGUUUGUUUAGUUUAAGACUAGAUGGCGUUGUCUGAAAGUUGUGAAAUAUUAAUAAUUAAUAGAUUUAAAAUAUCUAAGAGCCCACGUUUUCAAAAGACACCAAAAAGUAACUCUAGAUUGAGUUUAAAAUUUCCAACCUGAACGACAAAACAACAAGAAAAGUGUAUAAAAACGUGGGAAAAUGUUAUAUUCGUGACCGGGGUCUGUUGAAUAUUUUUUGUGCCUAUUUCAUAUGUAUGCUUGUAAAUAAGUGAUAGGAAUCGAUUUAAGAUAAUGUUCCUAUUGAGUGUUAUGUAAAUGUAGUGUUGUGUGUGCAAUAGCCAACUUGUACUACGUAUAGAUACAAAAUUAAAAGUCCGUCACAUAGAUUAGUUAAAAAAUAUAUGACACUUAUUUUUUCCCUUAUCUAAAUAAUAAGUUAACUGAGCGUAGGGCUUGUGACGUAACGACUAACAAUCGCGUCACGUCACGAGUAAGUUCGAUUCACAACAAUAUGAUGUAAUUAUGUUUUUAUAAAAUAAACAUUAUUAUUUAUGAAACUAUAUGACAGACAUAAAAAUAUCAUCAUCCCUGUUCGUUAGCGCUGGACAAAAACUCUUGUGUUUACAAAAAUAUAUCACUUAAGUUUAUCUUUCUUGGUUGAAAACAAGUUUUUCAAUACAUUAUUAAGACAAGUUAGGCUCUACAAAAGUUUAUUUUUUUAAUUAAUAUUUAGUAAAUACUGUUCAUCGGGAUGAGAGUUUCAAGAGGUGAAUAGAUGAUAGUAUUUUAAGGGGUUGCGUUUGCUUACAUAAAAGUGCUUAUGAAUAGCUCGAGAAAUUUCAUAAAAUCUUUAUAUUUUGUCUUCUUAAACGAAUCUUAAUAAAAACUGUUUCUAUCCACCGCAAAAAUGCCUCUAUUCAUAACGUGAUUGUAAAGAAACAUCUUGGUGUCAUUUAUUUAAUUUUGUCUGUCUUUUGACUUAAGUACAGGUCGAGUUUUAAACGCAUGUGACUAUAGUACUGUAAGGCUCUACUCCAACUCCAAUCCAACCGCAAAUUGCAGUCGAAUGCGGUCCGUCUGUCUAGAGACUAAAUUUUACAUGUAAUAGACUCAACAGCUCGUUAAAGAAAGGAUAGUUUUUUCUCAUUUUGUAACAGUUACAAUAGUUACAAAAUGUUAUGAAGUCAGGAAACGUCUUAAGCUCAGUCACAGCUAUUAUCGUGAGAGUGCAUUCGUCGAGUAUAAUAGUGUCUGCCUGUCGCUCGUAGUUUUAAACCAUUUCGACAGUUGUCACACAAACCUGUCUUGUAUUGACGAAUGAAUAUUCUCUAUUUAAAUGAUUGUUAAUCCGCAACUAUCUUUCUUUAGCUUAAACUUGGGCCUACUAAAAUUUAAUUCGUUUUUUAUUCUGGCAAUACUUUGAAUUUGAACUGCCAAUAAGUCUGUAAAUAAAAGUAUUAACCAUUGUGAUUACUUACUGUAUGUAUAUAGAAAUGUCGAGUUUAUUUUAAAUAAAUCUAUUCUGUUAUA